AACCAGGUGUAAUAUGACAGUUCACAGACAAAAUAAAAAUAUUUUCAACAAUGACGUUUUGACAAUUAAACGCGUAUUCGUUCCUGUUUUGCAAUAAUGCCAGAAAUUGCAUAUAAAUUUUUCGGUAUAAAUCUGUGAGGUAUUCCACGUGCAGAUCGAGAUGAUUAAUUUUCACAAAAUGUAGAGGUACAUUCGAUGUGCACUUUUCAGUGUAUUGAUUCCCAUGCUUUAACAAAUUAUUAUAUUUAAACAAAUUACGCGUUUCUAAACGUUUUAUUAUAAUGGAGACCGUGGGGGAUUACGAGUACAGCAGCAAGGAUUUAAUAGGGCACGGUGCGUUCGCGGUCGUCUUCAAGGGAAGGCAUCGAAAGGAUCCUGCCAAAACUGUUGCCAUUAAGAGCAUCACGAAGAAGAGUCUGGCGAAAUCGCAAAAUUUGUUGGGGAAAGAAAUUAAGAUUUUAAAGGAACUGACCGAGCUAAAUCAUGAGAAUGUCGUCGCACUUUUGGACUGCAAGGAAUCCUCUCACAAUGUCUAUCUCGUUAUGGAGUACUGCAAUGGCGGCGACCUCGCCGAUUAUUUGGCAGUGAAAGGCACUCUUAGCGAAGAUACCAUACGAUUAUUUCUGAUUCAAUUGGCGGGCGCAAUGAAAGCUCUGUACGCUAAAGGCAUCGUUCAUCGGGAUUUGAAACCGCAAAAUAUACUGUUAUCCUAUAAUGGCGUUAAACCUCAUCCUCAACCGUCGGAAAUUAAACUGAAAAUAGCGGAUUUCGGAUUCGCCCGAUUUCUGCAAGACGGCGUGAUGGCCGCGACACUCUGCGGAAGUCCAAUGUACAUGGCUCCCGAAGUCAUCAUGUCGCUACAAUACGACGCGAAAGCAGACCUCUGGAGUUUGGGCACCAUCGUUUUUCAAUGCCUGACCGGCAAGGCCCCAUUUCAGGCCAACACCCCUCAGGCGUUAAAGCAAUUUUACGAGAAGAACGCGAAUUUAGCACCGAAAAUACCCGUCGGUACAAGUCCGGAGUUGUGCGAGUUACUCAUGGGUUUACUGAAGAGAAACGCUAGGGAGAGAAUGAAUUUUGAGCAGUUCUUCAAUCACAAAUUCUUGAAACGUCCGGAGACGAGUCCUCUGGCAGCGGUGGAUCUUCCACUGCCGGCGAUCUACGGCUCGCCACCCGCUCUCACCCGGCUGCCGCUGGGUUCGCCUCCUUUCUCACGAACUUCAACUCGAUCAUCAACGCCGAUUAAAGUCGCAACUCCACCGCUGUCUCAGCCAGAAUCGCCACGAUCCACGCCCGUUGUUUUAAGUUCGAGCCCUGACGAUGACUACGUGUUGGUUCCUUCGAAUAUACCCCUCGAUCAGUCCACUGAAAGUUUGCACGAAAAACAGUAUAAGGUAAUAAAUAGGCCAGCAACUCCUCCCUCGGGAUUAGAGGCGAGCCCUCCGCGGCCUAGCUACCUGCCGAUAUCGGAACCGUUGCCGGUGCCAACUCAGCGAGCUGCCUACGAGCAGAUGACUAGUCAAUCGCGGAAAAGUGAAAGGAAUCAAGAGUCUUCAACGUCACCGUCAAAGGUCACCACCAGUAGCGUUCCUCGGUCAGAACCGAUCAGCAUGAAACGCUCGGAGCAUCGAUCAGUCCAAAACGACAUCGACAUCAGCUCGCUCUCUCCACCAUCGGUACAGUUCGUGAUAGGAACACCACCAGGCGGCCGUCGCAGAUCGACAACGGGCAGCCUGUGCGAAACUCCGCCUCCCAACUUGUGGCAAGUCUCGCCGGUUCAGGGCACCUCGCCGCCGAUUCUCUCCGGUCCGCUGGCGCGAGUUCCGAUCCUUAGCAGUCCGAAUUUGGCCGACAACAAUAACCUGCAUCAGUCGCCGAUUAUGCCGUUCGGAACGCGAGCGCGCACCCUGCCCGAGAUAUCCGAGUUGGGCAACUUGCAGCCGCUAUUCAGCGAUAACUCGACGAUAAUCGAACGUCCGGUUACGUUCUUGGCGCCCGAGCUACCCGAGGAGACGCUUUUGGAGAGGGAGCACAAUGAGACUUUGGCGAAAAUUAACUUCGUACUGGCGCUCAGCGGUUGUGUCCUGGAUCUGGCGGCGGCGAGAGCUUCGCCGUUACCCGCGCUUGUCGAUGAAACCGCAAUGAAGACGCAGCCGCAGACCGACUCCGGCCGCAAAGCGGAGCAGUUGGUGUUGUUGGUACGCGCACUUCAACUGCUCAGUUCGGGGCUAUCGCUUGCCACGCAACAGUUGCAGUGUGGCCAACUGAGGCCUAGCAGUACUGUUAAGCAAGUGGUUUCCUUGCUGAACUCCAAAUUUAGGUCGACCUUAGCGGAGUGUAAGCAACUAAAUAGUACCGGUUUAUUGACGAAAGUUGGAUCGACCAACAUCGCAGCCGAUAAAAUUUUGUAUAAUCACGCAAUACAAAUGUGCCAAUCGGCAGCUCUAGACGAACUGUUUGGUAAUCCUGAGGAAUGCUUUCAGCGAUAUCAAACGGCCCAAAUAUUGUUACAUAGCCUUUCUCAACAGGUUCACAACCAGCAAGAUAGGGCUUUACUUACAAAGUAUAAAGAAGCAGUUGAAAAGCGACUCUACGUUCUGCAACAGCAAGGUUAUAUCUACACAACUGAUCUCAAGUUGAGCGUCUAGCCGAGUCUUUUUAUCAGUCCAUUAGCGAUUAAUUACGUACGGUAUCUGGGGUUUGCGUGGAAUAGCAUUGCGUCGUCUUAAAGACAAUUUUACUAUUUUUUAUCGUAAUACUUUAUUUUACUUUGCUUUACAACUGAAAAUACGAUAACCACGGAUUAGUGUUUCACCGGAUGAUUUUAGGUUUUUUUUUAGUACUGGAACUUUUAUUUAUCUUAGGGCGUUUCCGAGAAGAAGCUGAAAAUUGACGUUUGGAGCGAAUUAACUUAAGUAUGCAUGCAACCGUAGUACUAGAUCUGAAUGGUGUGGUGAUUAAAUUGAGAAGGUAGUUUUAAUUUUGUAACAUUGCCUCACUGUAUCAUAAAGUGAUAGAAUAAAAGUCUGUAAUAUUAGGUACCUAAAUCCCAAUAUAUUAUUAGAAGAUAGUGAUCGUUAAUUUCUUUAAUAUUUAUUUCCAUGUGUAAUGAUUUCAACUCUUGACAAGUCAUUCUUUGUGAGAUCCAAAUACGGGUAUGAUUGUGGAAAUUUGGUUCAAAUGAUCCUGUUUAUCAAACAAUAAAGUGUAGGUAGUUGUAGUCAACUUUUUAUUUAGUACGUAGUAAUUGUAACCCUCAAACAGUACCAAAUACUUGUAGUACUUCGAGAUUUUAACGUACCUGGUAUUUAUUGUACGUUUCGGUUUUGUGCUUGUUGAAAGAGUUGAUAUUUUUCAGUAUUCAAAAGUUGAAUGUCGCAAAACGUUUUAUCUGUAAAUAUUGUAUAUUAUUAAAUCCUCUUUAGGUUUACUAAUGUAAAAGAAUUGUAAACUAAUAAGCCUAAUAUAUACUUAUACUUGAAAAUCGCACAUUAAAAUUGUUGUAUAUGACGUUCUACUCAUCUUACUUUUGUUUAAGGUUGCAUCAUUUAAUUAUUCCCUUACAGAACACGGACGGACGGACGGAGAAUUUGGGCAAUGAGGUGCUCAAAAGCAAAUUGGCUUAUGUGCUGGAACGUUGCAUUAAAGGAAAGAAACUUUGAAAUGAAGUUCUUGAUCACACGAGACUGAAAGAACGAUUGCACUAUGACGAGGUAACCAUAAAUCGAGCUAUUCUCAAUCGGUUCGAGACCCGGACACUUAACCCCAACAGAAUACAUCCCCGAAUCCAAGAUGGCAGCGGCGUCUUUCAAAACGCACAUUUUGAUGAAACAACAAUCAAAUCGGAUGUCCAUAUUUAUCUUCGGUGCGGCGGGCCUUCGAACUAUGGACUUUUUCUCGUGAAAUCUGGACAUUAAUUCAAAAUCAAGACUGCCACAUACGACAGGACAUACUUUUUCGAAGAAAUACGCUACGAGGGGGGGGGUCAGAAAUGUAUGUAAGGAUGCGGGUAUUAGAUCCUCACUCAAAGGAUACGUGUCGUAUACCGUUACUGAAAGCAAAAGUGGCCAAUUUUAGUGCUAACAAAUAUAUAUCCGCAUAUCAAAACUACGUAAACUUUCGUAGAGAUUAUUACGUUUACGUAUUAAGGACGAGCAAGACGCUCUGUUGGGUUAUUCAUAUUUUAAAAGUUGUCCAAUCUUUGUAAUGGACUAUUGAAAACAAAACGAAUCUCUGAAGCAUUCAACGGUAGAUGUUAGGUUGGAAAUGGAAUCGAUGGAGGCCUUCGAGGUCGGAACCGUUGCUUAUUGUCGGAUCUUCCACGAAGCCUUAGUGCAAUACAAUCCUUUGACUGGAAAAGUGAAGGAAACCUGUAAAUAUUGUAUAUUAUUAAAUCCUCUUUAGGUUUACUAAUGUAAAAGAAUUGUAAACUAAUAAGCCUAAUAUAUACUUAUACUUGAAAAUCGCACAUUAAAAUUGUUGUAUAUGA